GAAUUUGAACGUUUAUUCCAGCCAAUCGGUUACUUUGGUGUGUUGACAGUAUUCAUUGUGCAAGGAAGCGAACUGGCUACACGCUACCGCAUCGCCUUCUAGCAUUUUCUACGUUUAUAUCUCAUCUCUUAUUUGGUGGUGAGCAAUAUUAUUUGGCCUUGUGGAAUAUAUUUCCAAGUCGCCCCUGUGCAACACGAACUUGAAACGAUGACGGGCUGCAAUGAAUACAAGCUAAACCAGGGACCUGAAGACAGCAUCUCUGCUGUGAAGUUCAGUCCCAGCACUGCCCAGUUCCUCUUGGUUUCCUCAUGGGACUGCACAGUCCGUCUGUUUGAUGUUGGAGGAAACACAAUGAGGAUGAAGUACCAGCACACAGCUCCUGUUCUUGACUGUGCUUUUUAUGACCCGACACAUUCUUGGAGUGGAGGUUUAGAUGCUCACCUAAAGACUCAUGAUUUGAACACAGACCAAGAUACAAUAGUUGGAACACAUGAUGCCCCCAUUCGCUGUGUGGAGUACUGCCCAGAGGUUAAUGUUAUGGUAACAGGCAGUUGGGAUAGAUCAGUCCGACUGUGGGACCCGCGGACACCCUGCAACGCUGGCACCUUCACUCAGCCUGACAAGGUGUACACCCUCUCUGUGGCCGGAGACAGGCUGAUUGUUGGCACAGCAGGCAGACGAGUCUUGGUGUGGGAUUUGCGAAAUAUGGGCUACGUGCAGCAAAGAAGAGAGUCCAGCCUCAAGUAUCAGACUCGCUGCAUUAGAGCCUUCCCCAACAAACAGGGCUAUGUGUUAAGUUCAAUCGAAGGCCGUGUAGCUGUGGAGUACCUGGAUCCGAGCCAGGAGGUGCAGAAGAAGAAAUAUGCAUUCAAGUGCCACAGGUUAAAGGAGGAGGGAAUUGAACAGGUCUACCCUGUCAAUGCCAUUUCCUUUCACAGCAUUCACAAUACCUUUGCCACAGGUGGGUCAGACGGUUUUGUGAAUAUCUGGGAUCCAUUCAACAAAAAGCGCCUGUGUCAGUUCCACCGCUAUCCUACCAGCAUUGCUUCCCUGGCUUUCAGCAACGACGGCACCAUGCUUGCCAUUGCCUCCUCCUACAUGCACGAGAAAGGAGACAUCAGCCACCCAGAGGAUGCCAUCUUUAUUCGUCAGGUUACAGAUGCUGAAACAAAGCCCAAGUCAACCUAAAACUGAAGUGUACUGGUUCUAUCUGUGCUUGACUCCUUCACCAUGUUGGGUUUCUGCUGGCAUCCAGUGUACUGAUGUUAUUACCUGUCAAUUCUUUCUAAUUUACCUACACAACUUUUUACUUGAUGUAUAUGUACUGUGAUGUAUGUUGGCUAUUAUUUACAUGGUAAAUAUUUCAUUGUUUCCUGUUGUCUUGUAUUCCCCUGAGCUAAACUGAUUUAAGUCUAAAUAAACCGUAGGCUCUGUUUUAAAGUUCAUAUUUGAACAUUAUGUUGUCACUGUCCUGGGUUCCAUGUUUUAAUACUGACUGAAGGCUAAAGUUGACACUUAAUUGCAAAUAAAACUUUGUUUUUCA